CUCGGGAUACUUCAUUCCAUAGACAUCCUCCAUCCAGCUCUUCCUGCGCCCACUGGUAACUCACUCUCCUUACCUUGGCCCUCUGCUCUUCACAUCACCACCAUGGCCACAACGGCAGAGAACGGGAUCACGGUUCCCAAACCCGCAAACGACGAGAACGCAGCCCCUGACAUCGCUAGCGCUCAGACAAAGCUGGGCGAUACUGUUACCGUGUUUCAUGACCCUAACAACUUCAACGUCAAACACCCGCUGAUGCAUGAGUGGACGCUGUGGUUUACGAAGCCGCCAAGCGGGAAGGGCGACAACUGGAACGAGCUCCUGAAAGAGGUUGUGACAUUUAAUUCUGUCGAAGAAUUCUGGGGCAUCUACAACAAUAUCAGCCCCACGUCCGAACUAGGUCUGAAAGCCGACUACCACCUCUUUAAAAAGGGUGUCCGUCCCGAAUGGGAAGACCAGCAAAACAAACAUGGCGGGAAAUGGUCGUACUCCUUCCGCGACAAGAAGAACGUCCCCAUCGAUGACCUCUGGCUACACGCCCAGCUCGCCGCCAUCGGUGAAACCCUCGAAAAUGACAAUGACAACGAGGUUAUGGGCGUCGUCGUAAACGUGCGCAAGGGAUUUUAUAGAAUCGGCCUAUGGACGCGGACAGUUGGCAAGAGCACCCCCGAGGGUCGCCCAGCGGAAAAAGGCAAGGAGAUUCUGCAUAACAUCGGAAGGAAGUUUAAGGAGGUGUUACGGCUGAAGGAGGAGGAGAUCUUGGAGUUUUCAGGACAUACGGAUAGUGCGCAUGCCGGAAGUACGAGGGCGAAGGCGAAGUUCACUGUCUGACGUGCGACCGUUAGGCGGUUUUUAUGUUUUAUGGAAGAGAGACUGGGGCAAAUCAUUAUAGAAAUGAGAGCAUGAUAUUAUUGCCUAAUGUUUUUCUGUGAUAUGGGAUGGGAUUGGAGGAACAUGUGGGCCACUCUCACUAAAUGAAAGAAACAGGGGCAGACAGUGCAGAGCAUGGCGUGGUUUGAAUACUACGCAAAUGCAAAAUACUGUUGACUCCCCCUCCGCUGUUCCAUCCGCCAUCUUCUAUGCGCAUCUCCGGCAAACGAUGGCCUGAACACGCUUCCACGACGUCGUCUUUAACAGAUACUAUCAUUCUAUACUUUACUGUGUCUUCUAGAUGACUGUGCAUGGUAAUGAUUACUCCAUCCCAACCCCAGUCCAAUCCGACAUCAUCGUUCCUCUAUGCUUAAUUCGAAAUUGAUAAUAUUGCCUUUCCC